UGCUGCGCUGUAAAUCGUCAAGGCAGGUUUUUCACUUCAUCCAUGCUGUGACCAUCUGUCUAUCGGACGGCCUUCUUUUCGGUGUAACUUAAUUGUUUCGGACAGGAGUAAAACGUGAACGUUAAGAAUAUUUGUAGUAAUUAACAUUAUCGGUACAACAAAGAUAUUUUAACUCAACAACCAUGGCAAUCGACAAAAGUUUUGUAAAUGUUAUGGUCUUAAGUUUUGGUUUCAUGAUGGUGUUUGCGGCCUUUCAAACUAUGAGUAAUAUCGAGAAAACCGUUCUAACAAGCAAUGAUGAUACUAAUUUCAACGCUGAUGCAUAUACUAGUCUGGCGAUUCUGUACGCUGUAUUUGCAACUUGCAAUUGGCUAGCACCAUCGUACAUUUCGUUGACCGGUCCAAGAAUCGCUAUAGUCACUGGUUGCUGCUGUUACAUUCUCUUCAUAGCGUCCUUCCUAUGGCCGCAUCCGGCCUUUCUCUACACUGCGUCAGCAAUUCUCGGAGUUGGUGCAGCUUUUAUAUGGACUGGACAUGGUCAAUAUCUUACGGAAAACAGCGAUAGUGAAACAAUGUCAAGAAACGCUGGGAUCUUUUGGGCGAUAUUUCAAUCAUCUCUUUUUAUCGGCAAUCUUUUCGUUUAUUUCAUGUUUAAGAGUGAACAUAUCGAAAAAUCGGUGCGGUGGACCGUCGUCAUUGUGCUCAUUGGCUUAGCAGUUUUUGGCACAAUAAUUUUAGCACUAUUGAGGCAACCAUCUCAGAGAUUAGCUCUGGGAGAAGCCGAAGGAGUAUCCAGCGCUGAUAAGGAACUUCAUAUACCCGAACCAGCGAAAGAGAAACCUCUUUUAGCAGCUUGGUACGCUUUGAGAGACGCAUUUUCUCUCUUCGUUACAUCAAAGAUGCUUUUUCUAUCUUUUACAUUUAUCUAUACGGGCCUCCAACUCACUUUCUUUUCCGCUGUAUAUGCUUCUAGUAUAGGCUUUACGAAAGCAAUGGGCGAGUCGCGCAAGAGAUUGAUCGGUUUAUCAGGUAUAUUCGUAGGGAUUGGUGAAGUCGUUGGAGGUACCUUAUUCGGUAUUUUUGCAUCCAAAGUAUCCGAGGCUUGCGGCGGUUCUCCUGUUGUUAUUAUUGGUUGCAUCACUCAUCUCUUCGCUUUCAUUAGUAUAUAUUUGAAUUUACCAAACUCAGCACCUUUCAUAGAUACGGAUGAAAAGAGUUUCAUUGAACCCUCUCCUGUCCUCGCUAUGGCGGGAAGUCUUGCCUUGGGUUUUGGCGAUGCUUGUUUCAACACUCAGGUUUAUUCCUUACUCGGAGUUCUUUUUGCAGUAGAAAGUGCAUCAGCGUUCGCGCUCUUUAAAUUCUGUCAAUCGGUAGCCGCGGCAGUUAGUUUUGCUUAUAGUAGUAAAGCUGGUCUACAUGUUCAAUUAUUAAUACUGGUUAUUUCGAUUAUUAUUGGAACAACAACGUUCGUUUCAGUCGAACGAAAAGAACGAAAUUCUCAAAGUCAAAAUCAACCGGACAUCGAUCCAGCACUUGUUGAAGGACAAAGUAUAGCAGAUUGAAAAAAUUCUCUUUUUUAAAAAAAAAUGUGAUAAAUUCUAAAAAAUCUAACAGGGUGCAAUUCAAUAAUCGUUCUAUCACGAUCAAACUUAACAAUCGAAUUCUUUAUUGCGAUAUCCAUGUGAUCAUUGUUUGAACACACAAAUCUUGAAAUUAAUUAGGAUUUCAACAAUAAUUGUUUUGAAUCAACAAUGGCUGUGUCCACGAAGUUGUUACAUUCAUAAGUAUUGAGUUUUCUCUUUCUUAUUUUGCCAGUUGAUUCUUAUACUAUAAGUAUUAAAACUUCACAGAAAAUAAGUGAAAGAGAACGCAUGUACACACACAUGUGCGCGAGAAUACACGUAUAUAUUAUGUAUAUAUUAUGUGUGAUUUAUCGUAAAUUUGAAUUUUCUAAAAUCGUAUAACUUGCAUGAAUAUUUUAAGGAUAUUAUAAAUACGAAAGUUUAGAUGUUAUUAAAUAUUAUUAAAAUAAUUAUAUUGAUUGUUAUUAAUAGAAAAUGGUAAAUAUUCUAAAUGUAAGUUUUUAAUUCGAUUAAGUUAAUGUAAUCUUUUACAAAGAAAAAGACUGCAACAGAGGGAUCGUAAUUUAUAUAUAAAUAUUGUGAACUUUCAUAGAACAUUCAGACCAAUGUUCUACAAAGUGAAUCGAAGAGAAUUAUAUAAAUUUGAUUUUCUUUGUAGAAAAAACAUUUAUACAUUCGGCUAUGUACCUGACGUAGAAAGACUUCUAAGAUAUCUUUAUUGAGCAUCCAUAAAAUAACAAUGGAAUUACUGUCUAUCUGAAGAAUCUAGUCUUAGUGAAGAUAAGCGGACGCACGUGAUUGAAACAGGUGCAUAUCCACAACUUUCAGAUACUGUAAUUUCCGAGCGUGAUCGCUUUUCGAAGUAAGUCCUAAAAAUGAUCUAUGUAAAUUCGUUUCUAAAUUCAACAAUUGAUUAUUGUUUACCAGCCACGAGCUGAAGUCCCUUGUAUCUAUUACGUGCUGAAUGUGCGAAUCUUUUGUUUACCUUUACUAACUUGUUUCGUUAGAUAGACAAACACUUGAUUUCAUUGUUAUUAUAGUUGACUUAUAGAAGAAUAAGCAGUUAUAUGUAUGGAUUUUUUCAUUAUAUAUAUAUGUGUAUGUAUAUAUAUAUAUGUAUGUGUAUGUAUGUAUGUAUGUAUAUAUGUAUACAUACAUACAUACAUACAUCGUAUGAGAAGAUUAAUGUAUUUGAAAUGAGAGAAAAUAUGGCAAGUUGUUGCAGAUAAAUAUAUAUAUUUAUAAUAAAA